AUGGAUUGUGAAUACAUGCCCUUAGGGCUGAAGGACACCAAUCAGACGGCGAAAGCCAAGGCUCAGGCCAAAGCUCAGGCCUCGCUGAAGAAAGUGACUGCCCAAACGCCAUCUGCGUCAAAGCGAAAACGUGACGGUGAGUGUAGUAGCACCCAUCUCAAAAUAUCUCUGACCGAAGCUGGAGACGAGUCGAGUACGGAAGGAAAAGCGUCGAAACCCCGGCGCAAGCCUCGACUGCUCCGAAAUCCCAAGGCAGACAAGGACCCGGUGAUAAUAAUAGGACUGGACAUUGGGACGACAGGGAGCGCUGUUGCGUGUGUUGUCGGCGCCGCUUCGCUCGACAAGAUCGUGGUCUAUCAACAAUGGCCUGGUAACACGUCGGAGGUCAAGGUCCCCACAAGGAUGGCUUAUGCCAUAGAGAAUGACUUCGACACGGAUCAAUGGGGCAAUGGCGUUGUUGGCAGAAUGAAUGCCUGCUUUUUCAUAAAACUCCACCUUGACGAGAAUAUGAAGAAGGCAGAUUUUCGCGAUCGCCACUUGCAGCAGGCCACGGGCAAUGCUCUCAUGCGUUUACCGGAAGGUAAAGAAGCGAUCGAAGUCAUCAAGGACUUCGUGAGUAAGAUGCGAGAGCACUAUAUGCAACAUCUGGGAAGAACCAUCCUGGAAGCAACACUCGAAAGUACUCCCAAGAGAAUUUACGUUCCUGUUCCGACCACAUGGUCUUUGGCGGCACGCGAAGCGACUCGCCAGGCAGUAAGAGACGCUGGCUUUGGGGCCGAAGAGCAGGACGAGAUCGCCAUCAUUGACGAAAGCGAAGCGGCAGCUUUGUACGUGAUUAAGUCUUUGCAGGCAUCUUCUUCUGUCGAGACAUUGGAGGACAACGCUUGCAUGCAGGUCAUCGAUUUAGGAGGCGGCACAAUGGACUCGGUUCUAUACAGAAUAGUCUCUCGCACGCCGUUACAGCUGGAGGAGGCCUGUGCCGGUGAAGGUGCAAAGAUAGGAGGGACAACUGUCGAUCGUGCUCUUCAUGUUCUGAUGCAUAACCAUUUCGGCUCUGCGUUCAGUGACCUUUCCCUUGACAAGAUAGGUCCUGGGAGCCAUUUCAUGGAACAAUUCGAAAAGCACAAACGCAACUACCGGGGUCCAAGUAAGGGAAAGCAGGAAUAUUGGCUUCACCUUGUGAUGAAAAAGCUUGACGAGCAAGAUCUGAUGGUCCGCGACCGCUAUGACUUCGAGGACAACAAUGUGAAAAUCACAAAUGCCGAAAUGGAAACCUUUUUCGAGCCGGUCGUCCAGGGUAUAUUUGACAUCAUCCGUAAACAGGUCGACCGAAUAAAGGAAAAUGAUCAACCAAUCACUUCUCUUCGGGUAACCUUAUGUGGUGGACUUAGUUGCAAUGAAUACGUCUUGGACCGAGUCGAGCAAUUUGCCAAGGACUUCUUCAAGGAUAGCGGGGUCAAAGUCCAGACUCCUCAUGGACCGAUGGCUGCGGUCGUUCGAGGAGCAGUUCUGGCCGGUCAGGCGAAAUUGCCCAUUAUCUGCAGGAGAUCGCGCGAAUUUUUAGGAACCCACGUUCAUACACGAUGGGACCCAAAGAAACACAGAGUUGAAGACAGGUUCAAAUGCCCAGAGUUAGGGUUCAGGUCCAAGAACCAAAUAGAGUGGCUUGUUGAAAAGGGCGAGAAGCUGAAACCCAAUAUGAAGCCGACACCGACAUUGAGAUGCUAUCACGUGGUAAAGAACACUCAGAGACCAAUCAAGAAAGAGGUGUUACAGCAGGUACUCUUUAAGUGUUCUGAUGACGUUGCCCCUUCUCGCGUAGAUCAUCCCGUCGAGAAGAUAGGAACAAUCCAAGUCGACGUCACUGCGAUUGUCCGCGAGAAACGUGCCCAAGCAAAAGAGGCUGGACGAGCUUGUCCGAGCCAUAUCAGUAUUGAUGUGGGUAUUGAAUUGAAUAUGUCAAGUGACAAAGGGGUGCUCGAAGCCGUUGCCAAAAUCGGACGGAAGAAGGUCGGUACAACGACCAUCACAUACACUCCGGCGCCAGCGUGGGAGCAUGGCCUUGCCCGAAGAGACGACGAUAAAUGA